AUGCGUGUUCCAGCUUUCCGGCAGGACGCAGCAGGACUUGUCAGUGCUCUUGAGCAGAUCCGACACGCUUCAAGAAAACUUGCUCCAAGUUCUUUUUUUCUAUAUCUGGAAACUAGAUGGGUGGGGAACAGGGCUCGGGAGGCUGAUGGGUUUAAGUUGUGGUAUUCAGGGAGGGUGAGAGGGAAGAAUUGGGUAGGCAUUUUAGUUGAUAAGGAUCUAAGGGAGCUAUUGGUUGAGGUUAAAAGGGUGAAUGACAGGUUGUUGGCCAUUAAGAUAGUCGUGGGAGGGUAUGCUCUGAAAGUAGUUAGUGCUUACGCGCCUCAGGUGGGGGGUAAUUUUAACGGCCACAUUGGGAGGUCUCCUCGGGGAUAUGACGGUAUUCAUGGUGGCUUCGGUUUCGGAGAUAAAAACAGAGGAGGUACUUUGCUGCUGGAGUACGCUAAAGCUUUUGAGCUGGUGAUCGCUAACUCGUAUUUCUCGAAGAAGGCGGAGCACCUGAUAACUUUUUGGAGUAUGGUGGCCAAGACCCAGAUUGACCAUCAACUUCUCCAGAAAUGUGAUAGAGGUCUAUGCACGGAUUGCAAGGUCAUCCCGAGUGAGAAUCUUACGACGCAACAUAUGCUUUUGAUUAUGGACUUAGAGAUCAGGUGGACGAGGAAGAAGAGGGCUAUGUCUGGUAUACCUAGGGUCAGGUGGACAAGGCCCAGGAGUUAG